ACGUUCACGAAAACAUAUUCUCCGAGUCUUCGUUGCCGAAGCUCCAGAUCGAUCUCGAUCCAUCUAGAAAGGGAUAAUCAAUUCUGCAGCAGCUCAUGACUUUUUAUUCACUGAAUCUCGUAACCUAUUCGGAAUAUUCUUCUUUCCAUGGUUGAUUAGGGUUUCCUCUUCUUCUUUUUCCAUUUCCCUUCUUGCUUCUAGUUGCCCUGAAGCCAUAAUGGAGUUGUUAUGUCUCUCCUUCUGGUGGAUUUCGCUGCUCUUCGCCGCGGCGGCGGCGGAGGAGCAUCCGGUCAGUCGCAUCGUCUUCGGAUCAUGCGCCAACCAAAGCGCUCCACAGCCAAUCUGGGAUGCGAUAAACAAGUUUGAUCCACAACUGUUUAUUUGGUUGGGUGACAACAUCUAUGGUGAUAUCAGACGGCCCUUUAAGGUUUUUGGGAAAGAGAGAACUAUUGGGCCAUGGAAGAACGUCCCGAGGUUCGUGCCUUCUUCAGAGGAAGAGAUGAAGUCUCGUUACGCCAAAGCUAAGGCAACUCCAGGGUAUUCUCGCCUCCGGAAAAACACAAAGGUUAUUGGUACUUGGGAUGACCAUGAUUAUGGAUUGAAUGAUGCAGGGAAGGAAUUCGAUCGUAAAACCACUAACCAAAGACUCAUGCUCGAUUUCUUGGACGAGCCUCAUGAUAGCCCACGGAGAAAGCAAGCUGGGGUUUAUGCAUCAUAUUCUUUUGGUCCUGAGGACAAGAAAAUUAAGGUUAUAUUAUUAGAUACUAGGUAUCACAGAGACCCGUUGCGAAGUGAUGGAACUAUCUUAGGGGAUGCGCAGUGGGUAUGGCUAGAGAAAGAAUUGAGAGGUUCAGAUAGUGCGAUUACCAUUAUAGGAUCUUCUGUUCAGGUGAUAUCAAAUCUGUCUGCCACCACUGGUCCAUUAUUUUAUAUGGAAUCGUGGGGACGUUUUCCCAAGGAAAGACAACGCCUUUUCCACUUGAUAGCAGAUACUAAGAGAAGUGGAGUCAUAUUCAUCAGUGGAGAUGUUCACUUUGGAGAAAUCACGAGAUAUGACUGCGGUGUUGGGUACCCGUUACAUGAUGUCACCUCAAGUGGUCUAGUACAAUCGGUGGAGAGAGUUGUCCCACCUCCCUUGCGUUUUCUCAUCAGGUUUCUCUCGUGGUAUACUCCAAGCACGAUGAGAGUUGUGAACCAGAACUGCAAAUUCAAAUCAUGCAUAUAUGGACAACAAAACUUUGGAGCAAUAUCAAUAGAUUGGAAUGCAAAUCCAGUUACUAUCAAACUCGAGAUCAAAGAUGUUAAGGGAUUUACAGUCUUAGGCACAAACAUUUCACUAUCUGAACUCCAACCACAGGGCUUGGAUUCUCAUAAUUCUCUGACUAAGAAGGAAACAUAUCAAAGACAUUGCACUCUCGAAGUCAAUUUACCAGCAACGAAGAGAUACCGUUUGGCAGUUCUCAUAUACUUGUCCUUAGCAGUUCUGCUUCUGAUGUUUGUCGGAGGGAUCUUUGGAGCUAUACUAGCUAUCAGAGCAUGCGUUCACAAGUGCAAGCUCGAUUGAUGAGUUGAUUUUCCGGAAAAUGGCUCUAUUUUUUCCGGUAAAUUAUAUCAUCUUUGAUCCAUUGAAGGUUUUCUCUGUCCAUGAUAACUGGAGAGUACAUAAUCUUUUUACAAUUUAGUUGACUUAAAAGUAUGAACAAAGCAGACUCUAUUAUUCAGCAAAAUCAUGGAAAAAUCUGACACA